CUCACCAUAACGAAUAGUCGCGCCUUGUGUCUGGAGUUAUGUCGGAUAUAUUUAACAAGUGAAAAACAUCUCCUAUUGUCGCCAUAGGUAUGGCAGCUGCGAGAACAAAGUCAUUUCAUCGGACAGGGAGUCUGAUGAGAAGCCGGUCAGAGGGAACCUUGAUAGAUCUUGACGAUGGUGUUACCAUAAACAACAACAUUUAUGGCAGCAACAUUAGCAGUGACCUGAUUAAACAUCAUGAAUGGCCAAUCCUGCAGCCAGAAGUCCAACACCCAGACAAACAAGCAACAAACCCGUUUUGGAAAGAGCUCUCAGCCUCAAACCCUUUCUUGGAUGACAUUGUGCUCUCCAACAAUAACCUACCCAUUGUGAAGGAAGAUCCGUCGGGACUGUUUAGUGGUGACCUCGAAGACUCUGCCAGUAUUUCCUCAGACGAAAAUGACUUCAGUCAUAUUUUACGACCCAAAAGGAACUCUUUCAAGCAGGCUGCAAAGUGGCGGAGUGCUUCCGACAUCCUGGACGGCUUGGAGAACAAGCAGCCCAAGAGGGAGAACAGCAAUCUCAGUUCGUCAGGCGGCCCAGACUUUCUCAACCCCGACUUCGAAUGGCUGAAGAACGACCGUGAGGCCUACAAGAUGGCCUGGCUGAGUCACAGGCAGCUGACGCGAUCCUGCCUCGACCUGGGCAUGAUGAGUCAGAGUCCAGGUUGGGCACAGACCCAGGCGGCCGACACCCACAUCAUAUGCAAAAUCGGUCACAGCGGUGGUUCAGUGCAGUUGCCAGACUCGGACAUCAGUGUCCACAUACCACAGGGCAAUGUCUCGCCAGGGGAUGUUCAAGAGAUCGCUCUGAAAACCAGCCUGGACCCCCCGAAAGGCCUCAACAGCAACUAUGUGACCACAGUGAGUCCUCUUCUGGAACUGAGCCUGAGCAGCCUGAACCUGAAGGGAGACAUCUUGUUGGAGAUGAAGGUGGCGGCGGAGGUGAAAAAAGACACGAUAAGUCAAGUGAUGACCUCGUUUGUGGGAUUUAUUGCCCAUAAGAAAGAGGGGCCCUAUCAAAAGGUCAGUGAAUGUCAAAUCCGGGAAAAUAUGUUACAGAUGAAGCUGAAUAAUCUGAAGCCCCAUCUCUACAUUGUUGCGGCAGCGGAAGCGUCUGUGCUCCAGCCUCCUGCUACCUCUGUGUGGGACUAUCUGAACCGUCAGGUCACGGUGGCCUUUUAUGGACCCAAACACAUCCAUCCAUCCUUCAAGGCAAUCAUGCUGAUCUCCUGUCACAACAAGGUUCCCAUCCGGCUUCCAUACUCUGACGUGAGACGGGGCAUUAAGAACCUACCGCCUCUCGUCUUGCAGUUGUGGGGGAAGCACGAAUGCAGUCUGGACGAGUUAAAGGACAUGUGCAUCAAAACGGAUGUGGCUGAGGCCGAGUUUGUUGUGAAGGCUGCGGAUCAAAACAAGGAGGUAAAGCAAGAUCUGCUCAGGCAAGGACGAGUUGUCCAUUUGCCCCUUGAAGUUUUGAAAUCGGGCAAGAGUGAACUGCGACCAUUUGCUUUGAACAUCCGGCUGCAGAGUUUAGAGGGUGAGACGGUAGUGGACUUCACCAUUAACUCUCCCCCUGCCACUCCUGUGCGGCACGAAAAACAAGGCAAAAGACGAGUGGAAAAACAACGGGAAGCGGUACAUUCGGCAACCAUUCCAGAAGACAUAGUUCCAGAAACCACACCUUUCCAGCAGCGCACAGUAAAUGUGCAAUCGUAUGGCGUGGCACUUAAAUCAGUCUUACGUCAGCCAAGAGUAGAGUAUCUCUUGGAGUAUUUUAAAGGCGACACUGUGGCACUCCUCUCAAGCGAGAAGGUCAGGUCUGUGGGCCAGUCCAAAGUCAAAGAGUGGUAUAUAGGCUUCCUGCGCGGCAGAGUGGGAUUGGUGCACUGCAAGAACGUGAAGCUCAUCACCAGACAACAGGUCAUCGACUUCUCCGGGAUCAAGGUCACCACGCAGAACCUUCUGGACAACAUGACCCUUCCGUUCAAGAAGCUGACCUACAUGUACUCCUCCAUCGAAACGCUGGUGACGGAGCACAUCACCAGCUGGAGGACCUUCGCUAAAGCUCUGGGCUACUCGGAGGAGACGUUGGAGACGACCAUACGAAGGCACGCCGAGACGGAGCCUGAGAAGGUGGCCUGUGUGCUGGAGAAGCUGAAGGAAGACUGCCAUACGGACAAACACCGGAUGAAGUUUCAGUACGAACUGAUGAGUGGUUUGUUGAAGAUGGACGCCCAGGGUCUGAUCGCUCAUCUCAUCCAGAACACUGUGAUCCUAUCCACUGCUGUUGAACUGGGUGUGAGGUGGAGAGAACUGGCAGAGCGGCUCGGACGCCUUUCUAGUGCCCAGAUAGCAGCCUAUGAGAUGCCUCACAGGGGGAAGAGUGGAGAGGUCAGCGCCCAGUCCAUGUGGAAACCUGCAUAUGACUUCCUCCAUCUGUGGAGCCUGCGGUACGGGGAAGGCUACAGAGACAUGAUCCAAGACCUCCACCUGGCCCUAGACAAGAUGAAGACUCCAGUGACGCGGGAAUGGAGGCAGAUCACCGGGGCCCUCAUCACAGUCAACUGCAUGGAGAUCUUGAGAGCAGCAGCCUUCACAAAGCAGUAGCUGCUGUGACGGAUGGAGGGAAGAUGACCAGCUCGAAGUACUAUCUGGGUACUUGGGAGUGACCUGUUACUCUAAAUUGCAGAUCUUUUCUUUUUUUUCUCGCUCCACCAGCGUCCUAUGUCAUAAUGUGAAAUCUGGUCAAGAGAUUCUCGUGACACCUGAAAAACUGCAAAAUACAUGAUCACGCGUCAAAUGUACUGAUGCCCUGAUUUGGCUGAACACUGCGUUAUAUUCCUAAUUUUACCUUGUGUGAUUUUACCAUGUAUGAUUUUUUAAAAGAAUGAUAAAGUAUAGUGAAGCUAAGAAAAAUGUCCAUUAUCUUAAGUGUGCUGUUUUUUUGUAGAUGUAUGUAUGUAUAUAUACGGCCAGUAUCGUUGUGUCAAUUUUCAAGGCACUUUGUUUUUUCAUUGUGUAGUUAUCUCAUCAUCUUAACUCUUUGUGUCACAAAUCCAUUCAAUUACAUUCACUUCUGCAUUUCCAGAAAAUGUUACAUUGUUGUUAUGUAAUGCAAAGUAACACUUGGGUACACUACAGUGCACUUACGACUUGCUUUGAGAUGCUGUUACUGUCAUUGUAUUGACAAUUCAUUUAUUCAACGUUGUAAGUAUGUAAUGCCAACAUAUAGUUUUUCACUUUAUGUACAAAAAUAAAUAUAUUCUCCACUAUUUUA